AAAAGUAAAUGUCAAUGUCACACUUUAGCCAAACAGAACAAACUUGACAAACACUCGCAAAUUAUUUCAUUACGCCUCUAAUCUCCAUUUUCAUCGCUCCAUCCACUUAACAAAUUCCAAUGGAGCGCAGUUUUCUUUACAAGGAAUUCGCUCCACUGGCCGGAAUGAUCGCCGCCAAGUGCGCCACCGUCGCCUCAAACACCGUCUACAAAGCCAUUUCCGGUCACCAAAAAAUCAGCUUCUAUGUCUUCAUCUUCUGCACCUGUCUCGCUGCCGCUCUCGUCCUUCUUCCUUUCGCCUUAAUCUUCCGCAGAUCUGGAGUUUUUCCGUCCGUGAAGUUGUCGUUCUUGUUAAGAUUGAUUAGCCUAUCGGCGAUGGGAGUUGGAUGUCAACUAUUUUCGUAUAAAGGAUUGGAGUAUAGUUCGCCAACGCUUGCUUCCGCCAUAAGUAAUCUCAUUCCAGCUCUUGGCCGUUCUUUUCGGGAUAUUUUUGGUAUUUUACACGGUGGGCCACUAGGUUUUUUCCAUUUUCGGAAUUGUUCUACAGAGUGUAAAUAUUUUGCCGUUUUUUUAUAUUUUUGAAAAGACCCCUUUUAUUUGUAUAUUGAGGACUAAUUUUAUUUCUUAUUUCGUGUUUAUAUAUAGCUUUUGUAUAUAUACACACACGAAACUAUUAGAAAUUAGACUUUGGACGUUAGUUGAUACGAUAAUCUAAGAGACAAAAAUUAAUUACAUUUAAUUUUUAGGUAUUUUAAAAAAUAUAACAAAGUGGCAAGCGGCAAAAUAUUUAAACUGUAUAGAACAAUUCUGAAAAUGGAAAAAGCUCGCAGGCCUACCAUGAAAAAUACUAAAAAUGUCCUGUCAACCACGCUGUCAACAACGCAUGCGUAAUAUAUUUGGUAUACGAUCGUUUAGAUCUGACUAUUGUUUGGUACACGAUCGUUUAAUUUGGUUAUACGAUCGUUUAUAUUUGAUCGUUUAUAUUCGGACCCAAAUCUAAAUAAUUUUGUUUUCAAAAUUUGGUACACGAUCGUUUAGAUUUGGCUAAACGAUGUUUUUUAAAUUAUCUUGGUACAUGAUUGUUUUUUUUAUAUGAUCAUUUAUUUUUUCAAGAUUCUUUAAUACACGAUUGUUUAAAUUUGGCUAAAUGAUUUUUUUAAUUUUUUUUUGUUACACGAUCGAUUAUUUUUUUACAACAUUUGGCUACUCCAAUUUAAAUGAUUUUUUUCAAUAUUGUUUAUACCCGAUCUUUUAGAUUUUGUUAUGUUUUGUACAUAGUUGUUUAGAUUUAGUUACCUAAAUUUAAACGAUCUAAAAAAAGAGAGAAAAAGAAGAAAGACGAUCGAAAAGAAAUCGCAGCGAAAAAAAGAGGAAAAGAAGAAAGACGAUAGAAUGACUAAAUAAUGUAAAAGAAAGAAUAGGAAAAGAAAAAAGACGAUGAAAGAAAUCGUAGCAAGGACGAAAAUAAAUAUGGAAAUGCAAACUUGGAAUAUUUAAAAAAGGACUUUAUAUGCUUUAUUACCCAAGCCGUAAAUAGUCUGAUGUUCUAUUACAUUUACGAAAAUUAACCUUAAUUUUUGCAUGGAGGUAAGUAUUUUGUGUAUUUUGAUUUUUUAUUGGAUGAUAUUCUUUAUAUUUAUAAACAGAUUAAUAUCAAUAUCAUUAUCUAGUGGAGUGGUAUAUUUGUCUUUUUAGAA